AUGCCCUCAUCACUGAUGUCCAAUCCGAGUGGACAACGUGCCACGACGAAAAAAACACGCAAGCCACUGACGUCUGGAGCAAGACCGACGCUGCGCCUGAGGGCGCAUGAACAGGAGCCCCCAUUCGGCGAGGGCAACUGGGCCACACAACGGCCUCGAACGCAGUCGUCCGCGCGGCCAGAUGCCGUUGUGGCCUUGGAAGGUUUCGAAAGGAGGCUUAAAAGACUGUCAGGGGAGCGUUGCCGCGUCUUGCUUGGCGGAGGAUUCGUCGCGGGGGACACUGGAGCAGUUCCAAGGUGGCAUGGAGCAUGCAUCAAGUCCGACUUGACCUUGGUAAUCCCUCACUCAAACUCAGACUCAACCCCCUCUAUCCUAUGCUACUCGACCCUUGCUACAGCACAACACGAGAAGAACGAUCAGCCACCCUUCUCGAAUCACAAGUGCAAACCCUCCCGCCGAAAUCCUCUGCCCGGUGGCAAACAACGCCAAUCGAGCAAGGAAUCAGGCCCAUUUUUGAUCCUCGAUAUCCUUGAGGGUUCCGUCUGA